AUGGUUAAAGUUAGUCUCUUGGGAGCAAACGGAGGUGUUGGACAACCUCUGUCGUUUUUAUUGAAAUUGAGUCCAUACAUUUCCAAAUUGGCUUUAUACGAUGUAACAGAUUCUAAAGGUCAUAAGACUGAUAUAUCACAUAUUAAUACUAACGUUCAAGUUGAAUCAUAUAGCGAUAUCAAAGAAGCUUUAGAAAAUGCACAUCUAGUGAUCAUUACAGCUGGAAUUGCCAGAAAACCUGGUAUGAGUAGAGAUGAUCUAUUUAAGAUUAAUGGCGAAAUUUUACGUAAACUGUGUAUUGAUAUUUGUCAAUUUUGUCCCAACGCAAUAAUUUUAAUUAUUUCAAAUCCUAUAAAUUCGAUGGUACCAUUAUUUAUUGAAUGUGUCAAGAGCCAAAAUUUAAAAUUUGAUUUUAGAAAAAUUAUGGGUAUUACUAUGUUGGAUAUAAUUAGAGCUGAGACGUUUCUUGGCGAUACCUUGAAUGAAAUCAAAGGAGGUAAAUUUGGUAAUAGACAGUAUGAUAAUUCUAAGAUGGGAGAAUUGGUUACAGUAGUUGGUGGACAUUCAGGCAAGACUAUAGUUCCAAUAGUAUUGGAUAAAUCCGUUAUAUUUCGAUUAGGUAAAAAGUAUGAUUCAUUUAUCAAGAGGGUACAAUUUGGUGGAGAUGAAGUUGUUAAGGCCAAAAAUGGUAAAGGAUCGGCGACCUUCUCCAUGGCAUUUGCAGGGUUCAAAUUUAUUGAAGAAGUAUUGAAGAGCUUACAUCGAAAUUCUAGUAUUGAUCACGGAAAAUAUCGAGAAUAUAUUUCAGCCUACGUAUAUUUGCCUGUGGUAAAGAAUGGUAAGAAAAUACAAGAAGAAUUGGGGAAUGAUCAAUUAGAAUAUUUUGGAGUACCCAUUAAGUUAAAAAAUGGGUAUGUAGAAGAAGUUGAGUACGAUUUUUUUGAAAAAUUGACUUCAUGUGAAAGACAAAUGGUUGCUACAUCAGUCAAUGAAUUGCUGGAUGAGAUUGAAAAGGGAAAGCAAUUUGUAAAAGAGUCGAGGACUGUGAAACUGUAG